AUGUCUUCGAUGCCAACAUACUACUACCCUGCUAUGAAAUUUGUUUUCAAAGCCUGGAAACAACUCGGCAUACCAUACUCCAGAGACGGUACAAACGGCAACGCACUUGGUGCUUUCUUCUUUUCCAACUCAGUCGACCCGGUCACCCGCACCCGGUCCUACGCUAGAACUGCGCACUAUGAGUCUGUUAAGGGCCGCCCAAACCUCCAUCUCUUGACCGGUCAAACUGUCACCAAAUUGUUUGCGUCCUCGCCAACCGCUUCAACCACAACUGUAUCAGCGAAGAAAGAGAUAAUUCUUGCCGCAGGGUCAGGACAUACUCCGCAGAUUCUACAGCUAUCUGGUAUCGGACCUAAGGCGCUUUUGAAGAGUCUCGGGAUUCCGAUAGUGGUUGAUCUGCCGGGAGUGGGGGCGAACUUCCAGGAUCAUCCGUCGUAUUAUACUGCUGGAUUAUUCACGAAUGAUAUGAACCCGAGCCCGGCUAAUAUGUCAAACGCUACUUACGCGGCGGAGAUGCUGGCCUUGUAUAAAUAUAAUCGCACAGGGCCAUACUCCAACGGCUUCGGCACAGCGGGCGCCUUCCUGACCCUACCGGACAUUACCAACAAAACCCGAGUGUCAUCCCUCCUCAACCUCAUCCGACAGCAGGAUCCCUCCGCCCACCUCCCAGCCAACACCGACGCAACCGUCAUCGCCGGCUACAAGUUCCAGCGCACCCUCCUCACCACCUUCAUGGCCGCCGGCCGCGUCGCCGUCAGCGAAAACGCCUUCGGCGCCCUCCCCAGCAUGCUCAACGCGCUCCAAAAACCUUUUAGCCGCGGCUCCAUCUUCAUAAACUCUACCGACCCCUUCGCCAACCCCGUCGCCGACUACCGCGUCUUCUCCAACCCCUCCGACGUCGAGAUCUUCGUCGACAUGAUCAAGAACUUCCGCCGCGUCGUAGGCAUGCCAGCACUCAAAGAGCUCGGCCCGAUCAUAACGAACCCGGACCCGGCGACAGUGAAGUCGGACGAGGAUAUCAGGGCGGCGGUGAGGGCGAAUGUGGUGCCGACGUUGGCGCACCCUAGCUGCACGUGCGCGAUGAUGAGGAGGGAGCAUGGCGGCGUUGUGGAUGCGCAGUUGAGGGUCUACGGCGUGAAGGGGUUGAGUAUUGUGGAUGCGAGUGUGAUGCCGUUGAUUCCGGCGACGCAUUUGUCGAGUAUGGUGUAUGCGGUUGCAGAGAAGGCGGCGGAUAUAAUAAAGGCCAGGGCGUAG